UGCCGGUGCGGGAGGAGAAGCGUGCUGCCCGAGCCUGGCACCAUGGACGCACCACUCAUUACACCCGGGGAGCUGCUAUGUCUGGGCUCCAGCCUUGCCUUCUCCGGCCUCUUCUACUACCUCUACAGGAAGAAAACCAGAGUUGUGGCACGCAUACAGGAGGCUCCAAAGCUCCAGGUUGAUGAUGAUUUACCAUCAUUGGUGUCUGCGGCUGAUGGGAGGUGCCUGCCUUAUGUUGCUCUGGAAGGCAUAGUGCUGCCAGCCAAGGCUGCGCUGACGAGCCAUUACCAUGAGAGGCUGCAGGGUGUGAUCCAGAAGCUGCUUCUGAAAGAGCAUCGGCUGGUCUGGAACAGCUUGGCCCGGAGCUGGAGCGAGAGUGAGCGGGUGCUCUCAGAGCAGGUCUACACUGUCCCCUUCUUGCUGGCCUCACCGGACACUGAGGUAGUGACACAGGUGAGCGUGGAGAGCCCACUCCGAGCCAUCUGCCUGCCACUGGAGGUGGUGUACGAGAGGUUCCAGCAGCCGGCCCACGGCUUCCGUGACCUGCUGGGGCAGUACUUGAGUGGGGAGAAGCCCAAGGGCAUCCUGGAGACGGAGGAACUGCUGCGUGUGGGAGCUGGGCUGACGGGCAUCGGGGAGCUGGCCCUGCACCCAGACGGCUCCCUGCACCUCCAGCCACCAUCCCAGGGGGGCGACUAUUUCCUGUGCCUGGGGGACUGGCAGACAGUGGUGGAGGAGCUGGAGUCUGCCAGUGGGCUCUGGAAGGGGGUGGCCAUGCUGUGUGCCACGGCGGGCCUGGCCAUUCUGCUGCACGCCCUGUGCCGUGCCUUCCGCCGCGCCCGCCUCAGGCAGCAGCGUGAGGACAAGGAGCUGGACAGCGAGGAGGCCGGGGAUGGGGGGCUCGAGGACUCCUGUGUCAUCUGCCUGUCGCGACCCCGUGAGUGCAUCCUCUUGGGCUGUGGCCACAUCUGCUGCUGCUUCCGCUGCUUCCAGGCCUUGCCUGCCCGCCUCUGCCCCAUCUGCCGGGGGCCCAUUGACCGCGUGGUGCCCCUCUACCAGGCCUGAGAACAUUUAGGGGGCAGCCAGAGAUUGUUAACACAAAGCGAAGCAAGCUUGGGGCCUGCAGUAAUCUCA